UUGUGUCAAUGCAGAGCUCGGUGAGGCUCACCGGCAACUUGCGCCAAUCGACGACCCGCUUCAUCGCCAUGAUGGCCUGAAUGGGUUUGAAUCUGUGUUAUGUAUCGAUAAAAAUGAGAUGAAUACAAGAGAUAUUACAGAUCAGCACCGACAAAUGGGAGAGCAUUGUUCUGUUAGCGGCAUCUAUAGAGGCGGAACAUUGCAAUAGUGGCGCUGUAACCAAGGGCGCCGAGUCCCUGAUAGUGGCCACCGCUAUGGGGACUUGCACGCGUCUCUAAACACUAGCCGCAGAUAAUCCGGCAGACCCUUCCAGCGCACGGCCUGCUAGCACAGAAGGGGCAUAGCGCACAUCUUGCAAAAAAGCUCCAGCCUCGCCUCCAUGCAAAAGUAUUGGCAAAGGAGCUUUUGGCCAGGAUAUCUUGCGGCAACUUCAUCGACGUUUCUGCUCCACCACAGAGCUCGCCAUCAUCAAUUCCAAAGAGCCGUCCGAUCGCUACCGUUUGCGAGAAGAUAUCGCAGCCAUGAACGGCGAUAGUUACUCGUCUCGAGAUGGGGGGCGAAGGAACCGAGAUUAUGGUGGCUCAAGAGGCGAACGAGACGACCGUCGUGACCGACACAGAGGAGACCGUGAUCGCCGACGCUCUAGAUCACCAGAUCACCGCAGCCAUCGCCGCACAGAAGGAGACGUUGACGCAUACUCUUCAAGUCGCAGCCACCGUGAUAGAGAACGUGAGGACAGAUACUCAUCGGCGCGCGACCGUCGCGGCGACCGCGAUUGGGACCGUGACCGAGGUUCUUACCGCAGAGACGCCCGACGUGACGAUGACGAGAGACCCAGCCGACGAGAGCGAGACCCUUACGAUGACCGUCGAAGAGGAGGACGAGACAGGCGCGAUGAUGGGUUUGCAAGACAGCAAGAGCAGCAGCAGCCGCGUCGCAGCCCAUCACCUCCAAAGAAAAGAGAACCCACCCCUGAUUUGACGGAUGUCGUCCCUAUCCUCGAGCGAAAGCGACGCCUUACACAAUGGGACAUUAAGCCUCCUGGCUAUGACCUCGUGACGGCUGAGCAAGCCAAGCUUUCUGGAAUGUUUCCUCUUCCAGGUGCUCCUCGCCAACAGCCUAUGGACCCAACAAAGCUGCAGGCCUUCAUAACCCAACCUGGUGGCCAAGUCACUAGCGCAGGUCUCAAAGCCAGCAAUUCUCGCCAGGCAAAGCGUCUUCUUGUUUCCAAUGUUCCUAGUGGCGCUGGCGAAGAUGCUUUGAUCUCAUUCUUCAACCUGCAACUGAACGGCCUAAAUGUCAUUGAAAGCUCCGAUCCUUGUGUCCUUUGCCAGUUUUCUGCAGACCGAGCAUUUGCAGUCUUGGAGUUUAGAAAUGCGUCUGACGCAACUGUUGCGCUUGCCUUGGACGGCAUCUCAAUGGAGGCUGACGAUGCCAUGAAUGGUACCGCCGAUGGUGUAAGCUCGGGCUUGAACAUUCGCCGACCCAAAGACUAUGUCAUGCCCGCUCUACCAGACGAGAUGCCUUUCGACCCCGAGGUCAUAUCAAAUGUCGUCCCUGACACCGUGCAUAAGCUGUGUAUUACUAACAUUCCCUCAUUCCUCACCGAAGAACAAGUUAUUGAACUUCUGGCUGCCUUUGGCAAGCCCAAAGCUUUUGUCUUGGUGAAAGACCAGAGCACCGAAGAAUCCAGGGGAAUCGCGUUUACCGAAUACCUUGAGCCUUCCUCAGCAAAUGAGCCUGCUCUGAACAGCCUAAACGGAAUGGAUGUCGGUGGCAAGAAGCUCAAGGUGACAAAAGCCAGCAUUGGACCUACCCAGGUUGCCAAUUUCGACGUGGGCAUCACUGCUAUUAGUGGCCUCGCCUCUCAGACAUCUAAUGAUAUUGAGAGGAGCUCUGUUAUUCAGCUUCUGAAUAUGGUCACUCCUGAGGAGCUGAUAGACAACGACGACUAUGAAGAAAUCUGCGAAGAUGUCCAAGAUGAGUGUGCCAAAUUCGGCAAAGUCGUGGAGCUCAAGGUCCCUAGACCAUCUGGCGGUAGCAGACAAUCUGCCGGCGUAGGCAAGAUCUACGUAAAGUAUGAUUCGGAAGAGUCAGCCACCAAAGCUCUUACUGCUCUCGCUGGUAGAAAGUUUGCCGACAGGACCGUUGUGGCAACUUAUUUCCCAGAGGAAAACUUUGAAGUGGGCGCUUGGUAAAGACAGUGUAAUAUUUAGGCGAAAUAGUUUAAUAGCUUGUGACAGUCACAUCUGCAGCCAUGGGAAUUAUUAUGGGGACUUUGGUUAAAGGGCGAAAUUGUUGCAGAUAUACGUCAACGCAUUUUGUUCCAACGUAAAAUCAUGGGCUUGAAAUAAGAAAAAAAGGCUAUGGCGUUUGUGUGUUUUGCUUGGCUGUGGUUGCGAAGAACAAACACGGAAUCAAAUCUCAGAUGGUAAGCGACGUUGGAAUGCCAUUGUCUCAUUAUUUUUACUAUGGUUCUAUCGCUAUAAUAUGUUGAUUCUAUAAUCGUCUGUAUGAUUUGUAUUAGCAAUAUGUCUCAUCAAACAGUCUUUAGAUAAGAAUAGAUGAGAGGAAAAGCGCUUGGAUC